AUAUUUCUGGACUUGUUUUUAGAUGUGGAAGACCUUUAGGUUUAGCUUUCAUUCCUGAUGGUCGCCUUCUUGUCUGUGAUGCAACUUUUGGUCUUUAUCUCAUAGAUUUAGACAGAACUGACGAGAAUUUGGGCAGAAUAACUGAAUACAAGGAGUUUAAUAGGGUCUCUUAUGAGCAGUUGAUAAGCCCUGAAACUGUUGUCAACGGAUCUAGAAAUCUUCUGUUCAAUUCAGUUGCUGUAGGAAAAGAUGGUAGAAGCGUUUAUAUUUCAGUCUCCAGCACCAGAUUUCCACUUAGGGAUAGUAUGUUUGAGCUGUUGUCUGAUUCCUCCGGUCGUAUUCUCAAGUUCGACUUAGAGACACGAGAAACCCAGGUGCUAGUAGAAGAGAUUAACUUUGCUAAUGGUCUGGAACUAAGCCCUGAGGAAGAUUAUAUACUGUUUACAGAAACUGGAAGAGCCAGAAUACAUAAAUAUUACUUGACAGGUGAGAGGUCAGGAGAGGUAAAAGUACUGGUAAACUCUCUGCCUGGACUACCUGACAAUAUAAAGUUAAAUGAUCGCGGUAAUUACUAUGUUGGACUCAUAGGACCAAGGCUACCGGGAACCUGGCAUAUUCUGGAGUUAGUUGCUCCCCAUAAUAUUCUUAGAAAAUUUAUUUCAAGGCUCGUGUGUAUGGUUCUUAUUCCAUCGAAACUAUUAAACCUGGUGUUUCCAACAAGUGCUAGUCUUCAAUUUGAAUAUUGGUGUGGCAAUCUUGAACCGUUUGCUCAUCUUACCAGACCAUAUGGUUUGGUAGUAGAGGUUGAUGGUAAAACUGGUGAUAUUAUAUCCUCCCUCCACUCUACCAAUGGUGCAGUCAGAUUUAUAUCAGAAGCUGUUGUGUUAGAUAGAUGGGUUUAUCUGGGAUCCCCGUACACAAACUACCUAGCUAGGGUACCACAGAGAAUACGAGAUACAAACACAAGAAUAUCAUCAGCAGAAGUCCAGCUUGGACUGGGUGAAGAGAAAGAAGAGGCAGAUGAUAUAGAAGAGAUUGAUGAUGAGGAGUUCAAGGAUGAGUUAUAACGGUUCCUGAACCAUCAUCCAGUAUUCAUAGACCAGUGUGAUUUGAUCUUUUACAUCCUUAUAACCACCCCGUCCACCCCCUUCACCAACACCACCACACCCUCCAUCAGUUCUCAUAUCACCAACAACCA